AUGGCAGCAAGCUUCCUAUCACGGUACCCAUGGGUAUCCAGUCCAUUUGUGGUCAGCGCCCCCAUGAAAGUAAUGUCCGGUCCAGCACUGGCAGUAGCCGUCUCUCGCGCCGGUGGAUUAGGAUUUAUUGGACCUGGCGCCAAAACACAGGACACAAGUGAUGAUCUCGAGAAAGCAUCAUCGCUCAUACGUCAAGGGGCCAGCACAGUACCGACUCCCGGCUCGACACUACCUGUCGGCAUAGGGUAUCAGCUCUGGGCUGAUGACAUUAAUGUGGCCGUCGCUGCUAUCAAGAAGCAUAAACCAUGUGCAGCCUGGCUAUACGCCCCACGUCAGGGGCCCAAGGAAUACGAUGACUGGUCUAGCAAGAUCCGUCAAGCAUCUCCUAGUACCCAAAUAUGGAUUCAAAUUGGCACCGUGAAGGAGGCAAAAGAGCUUCUUCAAAACCUUGAGCGACCAGAUGUUGUUGUUGUGCAAGGGGCUGAAUCUGGGGGCCACGGUCGGGCAAAGGAUGGAAUGGGGCUUUUGUCGCUGUUCCCCGAAGUGGCAGAUGCUAUGGCAGGCAGCCAGAUUCCUCUAUUUGCAGCUGGUGGCAUUGCAGAUGGUCGGGGUUUUGCAGCGGCUAUGUGCCUUGGGGCUGCGGGAGUGGUGAUGGGGACACGAUUCCUGGCUGCCAGUGAAGCACGCAUUAGCCGGGGUUACCAGGACGAGGUAGUGCGUGCAGCUGAUGGAGCAGUUUCCACCACGCGUACGCUACUGUAUAAUCACCUCAGGGGCACUUUUGGGUGGCCAGAGGAAUACAGUCCUCGCACUAUUUUGAACAAAUCUUUUGUUGAGCAGCAGGAAGGAAAGUCUUUUGAGGAACUGAAGAGGCUCCAUGACGAAGCUGUUAAGGCAGGCGACAAUGGCUGGGGGCCCGAGGGCAGACUUGCAACAUAUGCAGGAGCCUCUGUUGGACUGGUACAUGAUGUGAAAGACGCAGAGGAUAUUGUCCAUGGGAUUCGAGAGGAUGCACUGGAAAUAAUUCAGCGGCUUUGUCCCCGCAAGGACUAA